CUCUACCCACCAAAUUCCGCACACAAUCUAAAGUUCACAAGAACUCUAGAUUAACACUCAUUAUCACGUUUUCAAAAGAAACGAAAAAGUUUUGAAUUUGUAACAAAGCCUAUUCACCCCCCCCCUCUAGACUUUGUAUCUCACCACUUUGGGACCACCAAUUGGUAUCCGAGCUUACUUCUCACUAUCUACUUUUAGAUUAACGAGAAGCGAUCAUAAUGGUGAACAAUAUGGAUCACGGUUUGCCCAUGUUUUCUCUUCUAGGUUAUGAUGAUUGGAAGAUCAUGAUCGAAGCACAUCUCUAUGCUCUACAUGAUUGCAUGUGGAUGGUGCUUGAGGAUGGACCCUUGAAAAUCCAAAUGGAGAACCCUGAGAGGAAUCCAGCUGCUCCAGAUGUAGUCCAGUACAUUCCAAAGCCCAAGGAAAAAUGGGAUGAUAGAGAUUGCAAAAAGCACAAUUUGGACAACGUCGUCAAAGCAACCAUCUUCAAGACACUUGAUCCCAUCACCUUCUCCAAGAUUAAGCAUCUCAAGACUGCCAUGGAGAUUUGGCAAGGUCUUGGGAAGCUAUGUGAGGGAUCAGAGGACCUGAGAAAGCAGACGAUAAAAGUCCUGCUUGAGAAGUUCAAAAGCUUCAAAAUGCUUCCCGGAGAAUCAUUUGAUAUGUUGGAUGAAAGAUUCCACAAGAUAUUGAAUGAUCUUGCUUCACUUAACCACAUUCUUUCUCCCAAAGAAAAGAAUGUAAGGUUGCUGAGAUCACUCCCAACUGAGUGGUACACCAAAGCCACAGCCAUGGAAGAAGGAAG